AAAUAUGCAGUAGUAAGCACGUUUCACUUCUUCUUGACGAAAUAGCAAUUGAGGCACCGCACCCAUCAUCGCCUUCACCCACCAUCUUCUUCUUUUUCUUCUUCUCCCCCUAUUUCUCUCUCCUCUUCUACCCAAUAUAGUUGGAAGCAAAACAUAAUCAUUGUUCGGAGAGGAAAUCAAGAGAGCAUAAGAUCUAACCCUUUUGUCACAAUCGCCGGUUAGAUUCGAUCUGCAACCUCUUAAGAAUUUCAUCGAACUCAGACCCAGAAGCUCGACGGAUUUAGCUGCUUCGAUAUUCCAAUCUUUGGGUUACAGAGCUACAGCUACGGGUACCCUGAUUGAUUAUUGAAGACUAUUGUUUAUUUGUUCAUCAUCAUGGAUACAACAAGCACAGACAUUUAUUCAACAGAAAACGGGGCAUCUAAUGGAUGUAUUGCCGAAGAAGCAGAAAAUCAAACUUUACUUUCAGGGCAAGGUUAUUCUGAAUUCUAUACCAGUAAGAUAGCAGAAAUGGUGAAACUAAAUGGUCUUCAGAACUCGCCCACUCAAUCACUUUUCACUGUAGUAAAUAAGGUUCUUGAUGAUAGCAUCGAGCGGAAGGAUGGCAGUGUACUUCAUUGUAUGGCGUUUAUGUUGAAAAAAGUUAUCCAAGAGAUAGAGUAUCGUGUUUCAAAUCAAGCAGAUAAGUUCAGAAAGCAAAACAAUCUUUACAUGGUUCUUGAAGAUAAAUAUCAAUCUAGGAUAAGAAUACUCGAAGCCCUUGCAACUGGGACCACUGAAGAAGCUGAGGUUAUUAAAAAUCAACUUCAUCAAACACAGAAUGAGAAAACUGAAAUUGAGGAAAGGGUAAAACUAGAAGAGCAAUUUAAAUUGAGGCUAGAGAAAGAGAAGGAUCAGAGAGACUCUAAGAUAUCAACAUUGAAGCAGGAGUUGGAUGUGACCAUUAAGACUUAUGAAGAUCGAUGUACUCAACUUGUAAAUCAGUCGCAAGAAACAAAACUGGAAUUGGAGAAGAAGAUAGGGGAACUUGAGAAAACACUCAAUGAAUCCAAGAAAAUGGUGAAAGAACUUGAGACAUUCUCCCAAUCUAAAUCCAUGAGGUGGAAAAGGAAAGAACUUAGCUACAAGAAGAUCCUAGAUUAUCAAUGUGGAUCUCUUGAGGAUUUGAAGCUCUCAUCUGAACAACUGAAGCAAGAAGUUCUUAAAACAAAAAGGAUUUAUUUGGAAGAAUUUAAUCAUCUCGGCAUGAAUCUUAAAGGGCUAACUGAAGCUGCUGAAAGUUACCAUGUUGUACUGGCUGAGAACAGAAAAUUGUACAAUGAGGUUCAGGACCUGAAAGGAAAUAUUCGAGUUUAUUGUCGAGUUAGACCAUUCCUUGCUGGACAAAGUAAAAAAUUGACUACUAUAGAGUAUAUUGGUGAGAAUGGGGAAUUGGUUGUCACUAAUCCCUUGAAACAAGUAAAAGAUGGUCAUCGUCUCUUCAAGUUCAAUAAAGUGUUUGGUCCUGCAACUACACAAGAGGAAGUCUUUUUGGAUACUCAACCAUUGAUUCGAUCAGUUCUUGAUGGGUACAAUGUUUGCAUUUUCGCUUACGGUCAAACUGGUUCUGGAAAAACAUACACAAUGAGCGGACCAAACAUAUCAUCUAAAGAGGAUUGGGGAGUAAAUUAUCGAGCUUUAAGUGAUCUUUUCGGUCUCUCCCAAACCAGAAGAAAUUCCAUUACCUAUGAAGUGAGUGUUCAAAUGGUGGAGAUAUAUAACGAGCAAGUUCGUGAUUUGCUCUCUAACGAAGCUUCUCAAAAAAGGCUUGGGAUAUGGAGUACUAGCCAACCUAACGGCUAUGCUGUCCCUGAUGCCACUAUCCAUCUAGUUAAAUCAUCUGAAGAUGUCAUGGAAUUGAUGUAUAUUGGUCAGAUGAAUAGGGCAGUUGGUGCAACUGCACUAAACGAAAGAAGCAGUAGAUCUCACAGUAUCCUGACUGUCCAUGUUCGUGGCGUGGAUUUGGAGAGUGAUGCUAUUCUUCGUGGUAGUCUACAUCUUGUUGAUCUGGCUGGAAGUGAAAGAGUAGACCGUUCAGAAGCAACCGGGGAUAGGUUAAAGGAAGCACAACACAUAAACAAAUCACUGUCGGCUUUGGGUGAUGUUAUAUUUGCUUUAGCACAGAAAAAUUCUCAUGUUCCUUACAGAAAUAGCAAGCUUACUCAAGUUCUUCAAAGCUCUUUAGGUGGUCAGGCAAAGACGCUUAUGUUUGUGCAGCUAAAUCCUGAUGCUGAUUCACAUUCUGAAACCGUUAGUACUUUGAAGUUUGCAGAGAGGGUUUCGGGUGUGGAGUUAGGUGCUGCUAAGAGCCAUAAAGAGGGACGAGGUCUUAGAGAACUUAUGGAUCAGGCUGCUUCUUUGAAGGAGACAAUUGCGAAAAAGGACGAUGAAAUUGCACGGCUUCGCAUGCUUAAGGGUAACAAUAAUGUAAAUGGGGAGAGAUGUGGCUUAGGUUCACCAACCCAAAGAUUUGGUGGUUCAGCCUCCCCAGGAAGACCAUCGUCUGGGGGAUCACGCCAACGUCGAUCUCAGUCAGAAAGGAAACUGCCAGGUCUUGUUCGCAAAGCUGCCUCUGAUUGUAACAGCUCGGAUUUCAGCGACAAACAUUCUGAAUCUGGUUCUCCUCCAUCGGUUGAGGAUUUUAGGCCGUCUGUAGAUGGAAGUCAGAGUCUUUCUGAAUAUGCUGAAAACAGGUUCGGUCAAAAUACUUUGGAAGAAGACGUGGUGUUGCUUGGGAUUGGCGAUGCAGAUGGAGAGGACAGAUUAAGUGAUAUAUCUGAUAGCGGACUUUCUAUGGGAACUGAAACCGAUGCAUCCAUUAAUAGCGUUGUGGAGUUCACACUUUUUCCCGAAUCAUCAUCAUCAAAGCAGUCAAAUGUUCCAGCUGAACUUCCACGACCGCCACAAAAGCAGACACUUAAAGCUGCGGCUCGAUCCUCGAUCACAAGAAGUUCCUCAAAACUUCCAAGUUCUAGAAAGGCUGCUGCUGGCACUGGCGGUUCGUCAUCUAGUAGCAAACGGUGGCAGUAAGUCGAGCAGUUGAGAUAGAAUUAAUGUUUUCGUUUUUAUUAUUAUUUGGAAAUGGAAGCUCGUGAUGAGAUUGAUAGAAUGUAGACGAGCAACUGAGAGGUGUUUAUUGCUAGUAGGAAGUUGUAGUGGGUAGAAAUAGAGAUGUAUUUACUCUGCUAUAAUGGCAAACCAGUGUUACAACCUUUGUACAUCUGAUUGUUGUUGGUUUGCAAGCAGCUACAUAUAAAUUAUGUAUUGUUAACACGG